AUGAUAAUAGAUAUAUAAAUAAAAAAAAUAAUUAUAAAUAAAAUAAAAAAAAAUAUUAAAUAAAUAUAUAUAAAUAUUAUAAUUUAUAUAAAUAAAUUUAAAUAUUAUUAUAAAUAUUUGUUUUUAUAGGAAUCAUCAGUUUUAGAUCCAGUUGUUUUUACAGAUUAAUAAGUAAAUUAAUAUUUAGUAUCAACAAUUUUAAUUGAUACUAAUGGAGAUAUUUUAACUAUUAUAGAUGAUUGGAAAUCUCAAUAUUUAAUAAAUUAAAUAAAAACUUCUGAAAUAAUUCUUUUGUUUUAUGAUUUAUAAAAUAAUUAAUCAAUACAAUCAUUAUCUAAUAAGUGGAUCCCAUUUAUAAAUUUACAUUCUUAAGAUGUACCAAUAAUAAUUAUAGGUAAUAAAUGUGAUUUAGCUUAAGAAAUAUGCUCAUAAAUUCCUGAAAAUAAUCGUAUUGAGAAAGUGAUAAUUCCAUUAAUUAAAUAAUGUAAAUAGGUAUAAAUGGGAUUUGAAUGUUCAGCUCUUACUUUUUAACAUAUUUCUGAAGUAAUAUAUAGUGCCCAUAGAGCAGUAUUAUAUCCUUUAUCUCCUUUAUAUGAUAUUAGUCAAAAAUAAAUCACUGAAGCAUUUAAAUAAGCACUUACAAGAAUUUUUUGGAUUUGUGAUAAAGAUUUAGAUAAUAAAUGGAGUAAUGAAGAAUUAAGAGAAUUUUAAAUGGAAGUUUUUUAAGGCGAUUUAAGCGAAAACGAUAUAAUUGGAAUCAAAAAUUUAAUAAAAAAAGAUAUUUUAUAUUAAGAAAAUAGAGUUUAUAUAAAUUAAUAAAGUGAUUAUAUUGAUUAGUUCAUAAGUCAAGAAGGAUUCUAUAUUUUAUAAAAAAAAUGUGUUGAAUUAAUGAAAAUGUAAAUAUGUUGGUAUAUUUUACGACAUUUUAAUUAUAAUGAUAAAUUAGAAAUUAAUGAUUAGUUUUUUAAUGAUUAAUUAAUAAUUGAAUAUGGUAGUGGAAGAACAGUAGAAUUAAGCCUAUAAACAAAAAAUUUUAUUGUAAAUAAAUGCUUUAAAAGAUUUUCAAAUAAUUAAUAAACUAUAUAAAUAAGUAAAUUAAAUGAAAUAUUCUAUCCAUAUAAAUAAAAUCCUUUCAGAAAUUUUCUACAUAUAAUAGACAAAUAAUAUGAUGAAUAAUAAUUAAUAACUGAAUAAGAUUUUUUAAAAUUAUUUAUUUACUAAACUAAUUUUGAUUAUAAAUAAACAUUUAAAAUUUUAAUUUAUAUUGGUUUUUAAGGAUCUUUAUGCGAUGCUUUUAAUAUCACUAAUAGUACUAAUAUGUAUAGCUAAUUGAUAAAAAUGCAUACUAGAUAAGUUAUUAAUAUUUAUUUUGUUGGAAAUUAAUAAUGUUUGUUAGAAAUAUUUAGAUAAAUAAAAAAUUAAUAAAAUAUAGAUUAAUUAUCUGAUAUUAUAAUAUAACAUGAAUUAAAAAAUAAAAAAAGUCGAUAUUUUAUUUUAAAUUUUGUUAAUAUUAAUAAUAUUUAGAGUCUUUUUGAAGAUUCUAAUAAAAUGUAUUUUUUUUUUUAAUUUUUUUUUUUUUUUAAUUUUUUUUUUAGUGUUAAUUUCCUUUGUAUUGUUUUUGAAAAUAAAGAUCAAUUGAAAUAUUUACUUGAAAACUAAUCUUAAUUAUAUCAAUAAAUAUUAGAUUCUACUAAAAUGUAUAUUUAAAUUCGAAAUUUUUAAGAAAAAGAAAUUAAAUAAUACUUAAGUUAAUUUUCUUAAGAAAAUAUUAUUUAUAGUCUUAGCAAUUAAAAUAAUGCUAAUACUUUGCAAAAUUUGAAAAACUGUUUUGAAGAUUUAAUAGAUAAACCGUAGAUUUAUAUAUUAUAUAUAAUCCUAUAUUUUAUAUAUAUAUAUAUAUAUAUAAAUUUUUUAAUUAGAAUAUGUGGUUUAUAGGUUAAUAAAAUUUAAAAUUUAAAAGAAAGAGAUGGAUUUUUUAAAAAUAAUAUGGGAAGUAUUAUGUUAUGUUCUAGUAUUUUAGCUAUUUUAGGAUAUAUUAUAGUUACGAAAAAAAAAUAGAAUUUAAUUGAUUGUUUUUGUAAUAUAAAAAGUAAAAUAUUUAAAUGA